AGGAAAUGUUUGUUUGUCGGUAGUUAAUGAUAAGUUAAGUACGUAGUGAAUACCUAAAAGUAUAAGCUAUAAUGUAUAUGUUGCAACAACAGCAAACCGACUUGCUGCAACAGCAGCAGCAGCUUGACGAGAGCGUGGAUCUAGACAGUCAUGAUAAUGAUGAUGAGCUGCCAGUGGAGAAGGACUCGGAUGACUAUGAGGUAUUUCAGCCAGAGCCGCCAAGUGAGCUGUGCCGCUUUCUUCUACGCAUGAGCUUGUCCGCCUUGAUGCAUCCCUUCGAGUACGCCAAGGUAUUAAUGCAGCUGGGCCAUGAGCCAUUGCCCGCAACUGUAGGCAAAAAUUUGCUGGGCAAGCCGACCAUUUAUCUGCCCAGUUUCUAUCAGUACUUGGGCUAUAUGAAGCGCAUCGACGGCAUGCUGGGCUUGUAUCGUGGCUUGGCUGCCCGUGUGCUCAGCUGCGCCAGCUCAAGCUUCUUCGCUGAAAGGUUCAUGAACUGCUUGCUGCCAUAUCGAGCUGAGUCUGAGAAGGGGCGAACAUUGGGCGAGUUCGCCUGGAACUUGCUGCGCAAUGGACUGAUUGUCAGCACUGGCGUGCUAGUCUCGCAUCCGUUCAAUGUCAUCUCAGUGCGUCAAAUGGCGUCAGUUGUGGGUGGCGAGUUGGCUUACACAAGCUUCAAAGGCAGCGUGCAGGAGAUCUUCAAGCAGAGCGGGCUGCGUGGCUUCUACGUUGGCUUUGUGCCACAUUUAGUCUACGAUCUGGCUGUCCUUGUGCUCACCAGCAGCGUCGACGGCAUUUGCCAGCACUGGCUGCCGCUGAAGCCGGAGCAGCGUCAAUACAACUCGGCACUGCUGCAAUUCGCUGCCGUGCUGCUUUUCUAUCCGCUGCAAGUGGUAAGCACCUGCAUGUGCUGCUCUGGGUCCGGCAUGGCCGCUGGCGCGCCGCCCUGCAUGCCCAUCUAUGCCAAGUGGAGUGACUGCCUCAUGGACCUGCUGGCACGUGGACAGCACAAUCGUGGCGCCUUCAUCUAUCGCCGCACGCUGCCCAAAAUGUACAUGUCCUGAAUUGAAUAAAUUGUAAUUGUGUGUAAGUGUGUGUGUGUGUGUGUGUGUGUGUGGGACCAACUAAAAAUAAAGAUCUUACCACAAG